GCCAAAAUGAAAACCAAAGAAUGAGGAACACAUGAAAACCAACCCUCAUCAAUUCUAGAAGGAUCGAUCUGAAAACCGUCGGCGCUCCCAGUCCCAAUCCGAUCUGUGACUGCAAUCCGGCAACGCAACACCGGAUCCAUCUGACCUAGCUAAGUUACCUUCGCCGCUAGACCCCGCAACCGGAGCCCGUGCGAAUCGCCGUCGCAUCCGGGCUCUCACGGCGGCCGAAUCCGAGUCCCGUGUCCUCGUAUCCGGCCAAGCUUGCGCGAAGUGGCUCUGGCGUGUCUUAUCCAUGUGAGCGCGCCAUUUCUCUCCAGGUCUGGCGUGGCCUUGUGAAACCCUCAAGUACUUGAAGAUUAUGAUUGAUCGAUUGAUGACUUUAUAAGUAGAUCAACUUACUGUUCAAGUACUUGGGCUAGUAUCUGAACUUGUUAUUUCCAGACUUUCAGUUUUUAUUAUAUAUAUAUGGGCUAAGGUGUACAUUUCAUGGGAGGUGUAGAGGAUGAAGAACCACCCUCAAAACGCGUAAAAGUACACUCCGAAAAGUUGGGAGAUCAUCCAAACGAAAUGUCUCUUAAAGAGCCUGAAAGCUGCUCUCGUGAAUUCCAAGGAGAUGAUGGGGUGGUUGGAUCAAAAGGAGUUGUCAAGAAAGUUGAAUUUGUUCGGAUCAUUGCUGAGGCAUUAUACUCUCUUGGUUAUAAGAAGACUGCAGAGCAGCUUGAGGAAGAAUCAGGGAUACAAUUACAAUCUGAAGUUGUAAAUUUGUUUAUGCAGCAAAUACUUGAUGGGAAAUGGGAUGAAAGUGUAGCUACUUUACCUAGAAUUGGUCUAAUGGAUGAAACCACCAUAAAGCUUGUAUCAUUUCUAAUUUUUGAGCAGAAACUGUUUGAGUAUCUGGACAAAGAUAAUGUCAUGGAAGCUUUGAAAACUUUGAGGGUGGAUGUUGCUCCUUUAUGCAUAAAGAGUGACCGAGUCCGCGAGCUUUCCUCAUGCAUCAUAUUUUCACCAAAGAGCCUUGUUGGCAUAUCUAGUCCAUGUACUGUUAGAGUGAAGCCUCGAUCAAAAUUGCUCGAAGAAUUGAAGCGAGUGCUUCCACCCACAGUUAUGAUACCUGAGAAGAGAUUAGUCCAUCUUGUUGAACAGGCUCUUGAUUUGCAACUUGAUGCUUGCAGAUUUCACAAUUCUUUGGUGGGUGAGAUGUCAUUGCUCUCUGAUCAUCAUUGUAGUAGAGAUCAAAUCCCUUCUCAAACUUUACAGACCUUACAGGAGCAUAGUAGUGAAGUCUGGUAUUUGCAGUUCUCUUAUGAUGGGAAGUACUUGGCCUCAGCAUCUGCAGAUUGCUCAGCUAUUAUUUGGGAGGUCAAACACGAUUGUCAAGUCUCUUUGAAGCAUCGACUUGUUGGUCACCAACAACCUGUAUGUUGUGUUUCAUGGAGUCCUGACAAUAGUCAGAUCCUAACAUGUGGAGUGGAGGAAGUUGUUAGGAGAUGGGAUGUGGCAUCUGGGGAAUGUGUUCACGUUUACGAGAAAAGUGGUUUGGGUUUGAUCUCUUGUGGAUGGGCGUCUGAUGGAAACAGUAUUUUCACUGGUGUUUCUGAUAAAAGCAUUAGCAUGUGGGAUUUAGAUGGUAAGGAGUUAGAGUGUUGGAAAGGACAAAGGACUAUUAGGAUAUCAGAUAUUGGGAUCACUUCUGAUGGGAAACAGAUCGUUUCUGUUUGUAAAGAAAAUGAGAUAGUUAUGUUUGGAUGGGAAUCCAAAGAUGAGAGAUUUCUUGUGGAAGAUGAAUGUAUAACCUCAUUUGUAUUGUCAAGAGACAAUAAGAACAUUCUGGUCAGUCUUUCUAACCAAGAGAUUCACCUUUGGAAUAUAGAUGGGAGUAUGAAAUGUAUAGCCAAAUAUAAGGGUCACAAGCGCAUUCGCUUUGUACUCAGGUCUUGUUUUGGUGGACUUAAUCAAGCAUUCAUUGCUAGUGGAAGUGAAGACUCACUGGUAGUGGUCCUGAAAAAGAAGAGGUAUCUUGACUUUUUGGCCAGGUUUAUAUUUGGCAUAGAGGGUCUGGAGAACUUGUUGGGACAUUGGCAGGACAUUCUGGGACAGUGAACUGCGUGAGCUGGAAUCCGGUGAACCAUCAUAUGCUGGCCUCUGCUAGUGACGACCGUACAAUUCGCGUGUGGGGAUUGAAUCAGGUAAACAUGAUGAAACUUAACAAUGCCAAUAAUGGCAUUGUUAGAAAUGGCAUCCUUCACUAUUGCAACGGUGGAGCCUCAAAGCAUUGAUCUGAUGUCUCAUGUUAUUGUUACCAACAAAAAAAAGUCUUUCCUAAACCAUUUGCUCUUGUGUAAAUUCUUUUACAACUUUAUGUCACGCUGACAUUUACAUCAAAAACCAGACUCCGAAGAAUGUGAAAAACUGUUUUUCCCUUCAGUAAUAAACAUGUACUAUUGAUUCUCUGUUCUU